AUGGCUGCUAUCAGGAAGAAAUUGGUUAUUGUUGGCGAUGGAGCUUGUGGUAAAACUUGCUUGUUGAUUGUGUUUAGUAAGGAUCAGUUUCCUGAAGUGUACGUGCCAACCGUUUUUGAGAACUAUGUGGCUGACAUCGAAGUUGACGGAAAGCAAGUUGAGUUAGCGCUUUGGGAUACAGCGGGCCAAGAAGAUUACGACAGAUUGAGACCUCUAUCCUACCCAGACACGGAUGUUAUACUUAUGUGCUUUUCUAUUGAUUCGCCAGAUUCUUUGGAAAAUAUACCAGAGAAGUGGACCCCCGAAGUGAAGCAUUUCUGUCCAAAUGUACCCAUAAUUCUGGUUGGAAACAAGAAAGAUUUACGAAAUGAUCCAAAUACUAUCAAGGAACUUGGAAAAAUGAAGCAGGAGCCGGUAAAACCAGCUGAAGGUCGAGCUAUGGCCGAAAAGAUUAAUGCAUUUGCAUAUUUAGAAUGCUCUGCCAAAAGCAAAGAAGGUGUUCGUGAAGUCUUUGAAACUGCUACCAGAGCAGCUCUUCAGGUUAAGAAGAAGAAGAAAGGUCGAUGUAGGUUGCUGUAA